CUGGAGAUUCGUGCUUCAAAGCCUGUUGAGUAAGAAAAAUGCAGCUAAAUUAAUUAAAUAAUUCAAAAGAGCAUAAAAUGUGGCGAAUUUUGUGGAUUUCGUGAGUUUAGUAAGCUUGAAAGAUAUUUAAUUUACAGCUCUUAAUGCUCAAUUGGGAAAUGUAUUAUUUGGAGUAAUUUUGAAGUAUUACUGCAAGAUCCAAUCUUUUUAUCUUUCAGAUUUUGGGUUUAUAAGAUAUGUCAAGUUUGUGCAGAGGAAGAUUGAUUUGGCUUCAGUUUGGAGGAGAUUCUUUAUCUGGGUUGAAAAUCCGAGACAAGGAAGUACAGAAUUAGUGGUUGGUUAGAAAGAAAGUUGAAGUUUCGUGCUUAAUUCAGGAUGGCGAGGUUGUGUCAUCCGAAAUGUAGACUAGGUAAUAAAUCAAUGGGUUGGCUUCAGAUUCUACUAGGAGGCCUUGUUAUAAUUUUGAGCAUAUGCAGUCUCGUGAAGUUCUACUCUGCUGGGUUUUUCUUCCACAAUGAAGAUAUAUGCCGACAAUUUACUGGCGUCAAAGAUGCAUAUGAAGGGUUUGACAUAAAAGCUUUGUCUGAUCGAGUAGGGGAAGUUCUAAAUAAAUUGGAAAGCUUACAAGAAAAGCUCGAGUCAGCUGUCCAGCAAAUGGAGAAGGACAAAGAGACUUUACGUACAACUAACAUUACAAAAUUCGAGUACAAGAAGUAUCUGGAGGAGGAAGUAAUCAGGCCUCUUUAUGCCGCUCACAUUUCUCUGAGGCUGAUUCGGUUACCUAAAGCUGAAGGUAUUCACAACUCAACGAUGAAAGAGGAGCCUUUGAUUAACACUUUUGUGAUUGAAGAGAUAAGGAAGUAUAUAACCCCAAAGGAGAGUAGAACCGGGAAGCUUAAUAUAUAUGGAACAGAAAGGAUAUACAAUACAAUUGGACAUGCUUGUGUGUUAUACAAGAAAGGGUUGGAAGAGUACAUGAGCUAUGAUAUCGGGUCUUAUUGUAAUGAUGAUUGGAACUUAGCUCAGAAGCUGAUGCUUAACGGUUGUGAUCCUCUGCCUCGGAGGCGGUGCUUGACAAGGGCCUCAAUGGUCUACCAGAAGCCUUACCCUAUCAAUGAGUCUCUUUGGAAACUACCGGAUGAUAGAAAUGUGCGGUGGAGCAAUUAUCAGUGCAGGAACUUUAAGUGCUUGAUGGGAAACAACACCAAGAAGGGUUAUUUCAAGUGUGUCGGGUGUUUCGAAAUGGAGAAGGAAAAGCUUAAAUGGGUUACAAAUAGCUCACUUUCCGUUGAUUUUCUGAUCAGUGAUGUUUUGACUAUUAAGCCCGGGGAGAUGAGGAUUGGUCUCGACUUUGGCAUUGGCACUGGAAGUUUCGCUGCAAGGAUGAGAGAACAUAACAUUACAGUAGUCUCUACUGCUCUUAACCUCAAGGCGCCUUUCAACGAGAUGAUUGCACUGAGAGGUUUGAUUCCAUUGUUUGUAACAUUGAAUCAACGCCUACCAUUCUUCGACAACACAAUGGACAUGAUUCACACCAGUGGAUUUCUAGACGGCUGGAUUGACCUGCAACUGCUGGAUUUUAUCCUGUUUGAUUGGGAUCGAAUUCUGAGGCCAGGCGGAUUGUUAUGGAUUGACCGGUUCUUCUGUGUUAGAAAGGAUUUGGAUGAUUUCAUGUACAUGUUUCUGCAGCUGAGGUACAAGAAACACAAGUGGGCUAUUUCUCCUAAAUCAAAGGAUGAGGUCUACUUUUCUGCGCUGUUGGAGAAACCUCCAAGAGCAAUAUAGUUACAUGUUUUGUACUAAGAAAAAUAGCUUUUCCCUAAAAUGUGAUCGUCUUUGUUUUCGUAAUCGACAUUUUGGCUAAUAACAUGAGUUAUGAAUUCAUUUGUGACAA